AUGGAAGAGGCCGAGGAAGCAAGAGGUGUCAGCACGUAUGCACUGACCUGUUAUCCAGUCCGACUGAGACCAGGCGAGGAAAUCAAACAUGAACUGUUGAACGUGGUACAGACCUUAGGUUUACGAGGUGCUUUUGUGCUGACAUGUGUCGGAAGUGUGACGAAAGCUACACUGCGAAUGUCGGACAGUACCACUGUGAAGACAUUUGAGGGUCACUUUGAGAUCGUAUCGCUAGUAGGAACUUUGUCCGGCGGAGGUCAUCUCCACAUUAGUCUCAGCGACGUCGACGGGCAUGUCAUCGGAGGUCACGUGAUUGGUGACUUGGUCGUGUUCACAACUGCGGAAGUCGUUAUUGGUAACACAGGGGGUGUGGUUUUUACCAGGGAGUUGGACACUCAGACAGGAUAUAACGAGCUCAUCAUUAAUUCAUAAGUCUCGUGCUUUGCUCUAUUACAAACUUGGCGAGCGUCGACACGGAGAAUUUAUUAAAAUGUCUGUUUACCAAUAUCACUCUCGUCCUACUCAGAAGCGCAGCAUUUCGACAGUAUAUCAUUGUGGAAUGUAAAUAACACGUGCUAUAUGAACUGCACUGGCAAUGCAAUGCUCGUAUAACGUGACCUUAACUUUAAGGAACAUUAUAUUGAUGGAUAUUUUAAAUAACGACAAAAAGUGUGGUUGAACUAGUCAAUUUACUUACAUUUUCAAAUAAGAAGAAAUUGAAUAACUUGUCCAAACUUACCAU